CUGUGAACCAAAUCCUAAACCGAACCUUAUAAGACGUCUCGAAUAGAUUAAACCUGCGACGGUAAGCUCAAGAGAGGCUGAGUACACUGAGCUGCGAUCGGCGACUGUCUCUUGUCCGGGAUAGUGAAAGAUGAAGCUGAAGGUUGUGUAUCGUAAGGUCUCCGAUUACAUCUGUUACGAUCUGAAAGAAAUCGUCUUACCUUCAUCACUUCCCGAUCCUCCUCACGUCGUUAAACGCCGCAAAUUGACUUGGCACGAGCGAUUCCUCGUGUUGAAGGAAGCUUCAAGGCUUUAUGCUGCAAGCUGGGUAAGAGAUAUAGGUCCUGAACUUCGUCCAAAUGAUUACAAGAAGCAAGGGGAUGCUGAGCCUAAAAAACAAGCGAAAGAGGCAGAGAACGAGCCCUCUGUUUUGGAAGAUCUUGCGGUAGCUGCAAGAGGUGGCAUGGAGACUUUAAGGCCUGCUUUACAUCGUCUUUACAUGACACGAGCUUCUAAUUAUAAAGAUGCUCUUACAAGCUUUAUUAAAGGUUACCAUGAGGGUCUGCAGCAAGUUAUGCAGAAUAAAGCAGAGUCUGAAGCCCCAGCAGAUGAAGCUGACAAGUCCAAAAAGACUACCUGACCUUUUAGUUAGCUCCAAAAGCAGGAUUUAUUUUGUGAAUGCGAGUAUGUACGUAGCUAGAUCUUGGGUUCUUUGAUGGUGUACCACAACAAUCUAAAGAUUUCUAUCAACUACGUAGUCUUUCAUGCUCAAUGUACCCUAUUUGUGAAGUAACUUCUAGUAAACAAAAAAAUUUAGCUUGACACUUGUGCUUCAUAGAUUUCAGUUCCAAUUUUCGCAGCUUCUUCCCUGUGAAACUGCUGCAGGGAGGACUUGUUACAAAAACUGAUGUGAUAAACUUAAUGAUAUAUUGUGAUGGGUUUGAUUCCCUUUACAGCUUAUUCAGAUUUCAUUCUCCAGGAAUUUUCUGAGCACAAGCUGGCACAUUGCACGGAUACCUUGUAUUGGUGAAGGACUCAGGUG